CUUCCACGUUCCCCCUUAAAAUAUUCCGCAUUGCACACACCAUAGGUCAUCAAAAUUGAACCUAAAAUGCAAUCACUAAAAAAAUUCAAGUGACGCGUCCUUGACCAGUGUUUCGGGCAAAAGUGCGAGCGAUUUUGACACAUGUGGCAGAGGGGAAUACGAUUCAAUACCGCUUGGCACAAGCCUGGAUAGCUCAGUGAAAAACAGCCCUUUGUGCGCCGGAAUGACACGGCAUAUUGGCAUGUGACGCGGGCGCAGUGAGCGGCAUGCGUGGCGAGCGCUCGACGCGGGCGGCGGCCUCGCUCGCCGCGCUCGCGACGCUACUGCUCAGCUUAACGCAGCGUGGCUCCGCUGAAAUUACAUCUGAUCCACUAAGACGAGGCCUGUAUGGUGACCUGUGUUCCACCGUGGAAGACUGUCACUUCCCAGAGGCGGUGUGUGACGACGUGCAGAAGACAUGCCAGUGCCACCCUGACGUGCCAAUCAGCAAUUACAAGGACAAAUGUGGGAAACCUGCCAGCAUCAACGAGACAUGUAUGUUUAACGAGCAAUGUGAGGACGUGUACUUCAAGACAGAAUGCAGGAACGAACGAUGCGCGUGCAAGUUCGAAAUGGUACCCGAAGUGACCGUAGAUGGCGCUGUUAUAUGUACUUCGGUGAAGCCAGUGGAAGAGUCGACGAGGACUCUGGACCCGGCAAUGAUCGGAGUCCUGGUCGGCAUGGCACUCAUGUUCGUCAUCAUUUGCGUCGUGUUGCGGUUGUUUAGCAGAGCGAGAUGGAGGGAAAACCGCACGAUCUUCAACACGCCCAACCCUCGGCUGAUGAACGUGUCCUUGCUGAGGGAUUCUAAGCUUUUGCAUUCGCAGGAUCGUCGUGGGUCCCGCGUCAGUGUUCGUCCUCCUUCGAGACAGGCGAGCCAGCAGGAACUCAGACCUCACUCGCCAAGUCCAGGGUCUCGUCGGGGUUCUAGGGCCAGCAGUGGCCACUCGGCGACAUCUCUGCGGUCGGCUACUCUAAGGUCCCCGACCACUCCUGGGCCAACAUCUGUUACCGUCGAAAUUCGCGCUCCAGAUGUGUAAAAAAAUGACGAUCAUUUAAAUUUUUAAAUGAUAUUAAAAAAAAAGGAAUGAUGAUACAAAGAAUGAAGAUUGUAAAGUUCAAAAUGAAUGAUCUCGGUGAUGAUAACACGCAUCUGAGUCUCUCAGAUAGAUGAUAUAAAAGUACUGUAAAAACCAGUCCAUCGUUUAAAUUAUUUGUGAUAUAUUAUACCGAUGGUUCAACAAAUGUUUAGGCUUAUAUUCAUCCAUUUUAUAGCAAUAAUGUGCACUAUAUCUGUCUAUUCAGUCACUUGGAAAGUGCCUCAAAAGUUACAUAACAAGUUUGAUCCACAUGAAUAUAAUUUUGGUAAUAAGAUACAAAUAUAAUAACACAAAGUUAGUAAGUAAUGUUAAAAUAAUAGUUAUUAACACAUUCACAACCCAAUAUAAGUCACGUUUAAUAGAAGUAGAGCACACUUCAACGAUUCAUAGAUUAAAACAACUAGGUUUACUUACGUAAGCUUUUUUAGCAAUAAAAAAGGAAGCUUUUUGGCAAACAUUUUUGUAGUUUGAUAGUUUAAACUUUAAAUUGUCGAUUAUUAAUAGUUAAGUCGUAAUGGUUUCUUCUUUUCGGUAUCCCAUGUAAGUAACUAUGCUAGAUUCUACUCCCUGCCUUAGGAAUAAAGUUUAGCUUACAAUAAGCAUCGUAGAACUAAAUAUUUAUUUACGGGGACCAUCCUCCAUAAGGGAGCGAUCAGAAUUUUGAACGGUGGAUAUUUUAAAUAAACGGUGGGAAGCUUCGACGCUGCUUUCUAUACUAUGAGACUUUUGAAUUUUAGCUUUAAGAGCCAUUCUAGCUUUUCUUUAACCAUUUCUAUGAGAGAGAGUUGUGAAUCGAAGUUAAGAUUUCAUUACUGAGUUCUUUAGUAACAUUACUCUUGUCUAUGUGUAAAUCGGGGAAAUUUACACAGAGUAAAAAUAUAAUAACUAUUUCAUAGGUUACUUCAUUGCACCUCUGGAGCUUAGACCAAUUUUUUCUGCAAUGCGCACAAAAUGUGAGUACAUUAGUGGUUCUGCGAUAAAAUAUUGUACAACGGCGAAAAGCGUAGGAAAAAUGUAUAGGAAAAAUAUAUAAAUUCAAAAAAAUAUCACCGUCAUUAAAAAGUGUGGGUAAUACUUCAAUUAAGGGGAAGAAUUGACGUAUGGCCGAUACUGAAUCAUUCACUGUGGAAAGAUAAAUUACUGUAAGCUAUUGUACUUUUAAACAUGAUAAAAAUAUGCUCACAUUGUGAAAAAAUGUAUUUCGUACACUGUGCUAGAUAUUACGUACCUACUGAAAAUUUAUGCUGUAAUUUAAUUAUAUAUAAACUUUUAUUAUAAUAUAACUUAUACUUCCCAAAA